GGCUGCAGGCGACACCGGAGCCCGCCCGGAGGGCCCUGGGCCUCGCCAUGGACCUGUGCCAGACAGAUGCAGAGGAGCUCAGCAAAGUGGAGACCGAGGAGCUGGAGAAGAUCAAAUGGCACCGGAAGCAGCUUCUGGAAGACAUCCAGAAGCUGAAGGAGGAGAUCGCCGAUGUGUUUGCCCAGAUCGACUGCUUUGAGACGGCCGAGGAGAGCCGGAUGGCCCAGAAGGAGAAGGAGCUUUGCAUCGGGCGGAAGAAAUUCAACAUGGAUCCCAUGAAGGGCAUCCAGUACCUCACCGAGCACAAGCUGCUGAGCACCGACAUCCAGGAAAUCGCCCAGUUCCUGUACAAGGGGGAGGGGCUCAACAAGACGGCCAUUGGCACCUACUUAGGGGAGAGGGACCCCGUCAACCUGCAGGUCCUCCAGGCCUUCGUGGACUGCCAUGAGUUCGCCAACCUCAACCUCGUGCAGGCGCUCAGGCAGUUCCUGUGGAGUUUCCGGCUGCCAGGGGAGGCCCAGAAGAUCGACCGAAUGAUGGAGACCUUCGCCGCCCGAUACUGUCUCUGCAACCCAGGUGUCUUCCAGUCCACAGACACCUGCUACGUGCUCUCCUUCUCCAUCAUCAUGCUCAACACCAGCCUGCACAACCCCAACGUCCGCGACCGGCCGCCCUUCGAGCGCUUCGUGUCCAUGAACCGCGGCAUCAACGGUGGCAGCGACCUGCCCGAGGAGCAGCUGCGGAGCCUCUUCGACAGCAUCAAAAGUGAACCCUUCUCCAUCCCCGAGGACGACGGCAACGACCUGACACACACCUUCUUCAACCCCGACCGCGAGGGCUGGCUGCUGAAAUUGGGGGGCCGCGUGAAGACGUGGAAGCGGCGCUGGUUCAUCCUCACCGACAGCUGCCUCUACUACUUCGAGUACACCACGGACAAGGAGCCUCGGGGAAUCAUACCGCUGGAGAACCUCUCGGUGCAGAAAGUGGAUGACCCCAAGAAGCCAUUCUGCCUGGAGCUCUACAACCCCAGCUGCCGGGGCCAGAAGAUCAAGGCCUGCAAGACGGACGGGGACGGCAAGGUGGUGGAGGGCAAGCACGAGUCCUACCGCAUCUCGGCGGCCAGCGCCCAGGAGCGCGACCAGUGGAUCGAGGCCAUCAGGGCCAGCAUCACCCGCGUCCCCUUCUAUGACCUGGUCUCCGCUCGGAAGAAGAAGAUCACCAGCAAGCAGUGACCUUCUGGGGGUCCCAGCCGUGCUCGCCCUCCUCCCACGCCCCUCGCAUCCAGCCGACAGGAAGGGGAGGCAGAGCUGGGGCGGGGUGGUCGGACCCCGGGUUCCGCAGGGCGUGAGGGCAGCAGCUGAAGGAAGCGCCUGUCCUGGCGGAGCCUCACUUUUCUCUGGGCUGCCCCCAGCACCCCAGGGGCUUUGGGUUUCUCUUCAGCCGGGUGGGCCCCCCCUGCGCCUGCUUCCCUGCGCCCAGACCCCUCUACAGCCUGCUGUCUGCACUGCGCCAAAUCCCACACCCUCUCUGGCUCCUGGGACCUGUGGGGUUUGGCUAGAACUGUCCCCGCCCCUGUGGCCACCUCCACCACCUUCUCUGCGUGAAGACUGGAUCGCGCGGGGUCCGGGCCCUGCUCCUGGCCACUAGUCACCGCGCUGGACGGCACUCUGGUCUGCACAGCCGGGAGAACAAGAACAGGCACCCCUACCCAAGAGGACGUGUUUGCAAGGAAGCCCACCUGCAAACGGCAGAGACCACCCCCAAAAGGUGGGCUCAAGCAGGAUGGAUGGUCAGCCCAACCUAGAAGCUGAGAAGAGGGUGUGCUUUGUGAGAUGUGGUUACCAGGAGGACUGCUUGGAGGCAGUGGCCAAGCCAAGGUGGGGUCAAGCCAAGAAGCAUGGGGCAAAGGCAGCCUGGGAGACCACUGACUCGGUAUCCCUGGGUACCUGGGCUUUGCUGGAGCAACAAACUGGGACAGACAGGGUUUCCCAGCAUGGAGAGGCCACGCCUGGGGGAGGCAUAAUUCUGACCUAUGGCAUAACUCAGGGAGAGCCCCUGAGGAAAGCUCCCCAGCGGGCAGGCUGGCAGCUAGGCCAGCCUGAGUGGGUGCAGUGAGUGCCCCCGAAGUGGCACAGGAUACUCCUGCCUGCUGUGCACCCACACAGGCAUCCUACGUGGGUGGGGUCAGGAGGACUCAAUUCCCCCGUGAGGUGGUGAGAGCCCCGUCUCUGGGGUUAUGCAAGUACCUGGGAAUGUGACUGCACCAGAGACGGUCAGACAGUUGAGUCUCACAGACCCUGGUCAUCAGGAAGCUGGGGGGAGAGGGUCUCUGCAGCCUCGUUGAAACUGGAGGGGACAGCCUAAAGCAUGGAAGGAGCACUGGACUGGAAGCCGGAGUCUCCCACCCACACAGAGGCUGGCUGUGUGA